UACUCGUCCCCGUCCCGAGAUCAUUGACGCGCUCAGCUCCGCUUAGCUCACUGGUUUUGAAUGGCAUUGACUGACGUCACGAAACGCGGCACACUGGUGAGACUGUUUAAAGCUGUGAAGCAUUUCAGGAUGGAUCUCAGAGAAUAGGAACAGAGGGACACGCUGUCUGAACACUCCAUGCGCCCCAGACAGACAGCCGCAGACUGAGAGACUUGGAAGGACUUACUGAAACGGCGGCAAACUAUUAGUUAAGUUUUUUCAGCACCUGCGAUUUAGUUUUUUCCUCUAAAAAACGGUGGACAUGUUGCAUCGCCGUAAAGUUUUAAUCAUCUUAUUGCUGGUGGUCGCGGAAUGCGGAGCGAUAUCGCAGAUGGGGGCUCAGGUCGGCGACUGCCCGUCCCGCUGUCACUGCGAGGAGGACGGCAUGCUUCAACGUGUCGACUGCUCGGAUCUCGGGCUCACGGAAAUUCCAGCCAACCUUAGCGUCUUUACUUCUUAUCUUGAUCUGAGUAUGAACAACCUAACUCUGUUGUCCUCCGGUGCCCUCUCCAACCUUCACUUCCUUGAGGAGCUACGUCUUGCAGGCAACGAUUUGACGCACAUUCCCAAAGGAGCGUUCUACGGCCUCUUCAACCUCAAAGUACUGAUGCUUCAGAACAACCAGCUACGACGGGUUCCAGGUGAAGCCCUUCAGAACCUCAGGAACCUCCAGUCUCUUCGUCUGGAUGCCAACCACAUAUCCAGUGUUCCUCGGGGCUGCUUUGACGGCCUCCAGUCUCUACGUCACCUGUGGCUGGAUGACAACUCCUUGACAGAUGUGCCGGUUGACGCCCUGGGGGCCCUGUCCUCCCUGCAAGCCAUGACCCUGGCUCUCAACAGAAUCACACAUAUACCUGACCGGGCCUUCACUAAUCUCUCCUCCCUCGUGGUCCUGCAUCUCAAUAACAAUAGAAUCCGCACCCUGGGAACGCAGUGCUUUGACGGCCUUCACAGCCUGGAGACUCUAGAUCUCAACUACAACAACCUGGAAGAGUUCCCUAUUGCAAUCAGAGCCCUGAGCACCCUGAAGGAGCUGGGUUUCCACAGCAACAACAUCAAGUCCAUCCCUGAGCAGGCCUUCACUGGAAACCCCACUCUUCUGACAAUAUUCUUCUACGACAACCCCAUCCAGUUUGUUGGCCAGUCGGCCUUCCAGCACCUCCCUGAGCUGCGGACACUAUCUCUGAAUGGAGCAGCAGAAAUCACAGAGUUCCCAGACCUCACUGGCACCAAGAGUCUUGAGAGCCUGACCAUCACUGGAGCUCGCAUCACAUCCCUACCCACCACUGUGUGUGACCAGCUACCCAACCUGCAAGUGCUAGAUCUGUCCUACAACAUGAUCCAGUCUCUGCCAAGCUUCAGAGGAUGUGAGAAGAUUCAGAAAAUUGAUCUGCACCACAAUGAAAUUGAAGAGCUGCAAGCAGACACAUUCCAGGGACUGACUUCCCUACGGUCUCUUGACCUGGCUUGGAACAAGCUGUCCUCUCUGAACCCGCUCUCCUUCUCCAGUCUGCCUGCCCUCAUCAAACUUGAUCUAACUUCUAACCGGUUGUCCUAUCUGCCUGUAUCUGGGCUCCAUGGACUCACACACCUCAAACUAGCUGGCAACGAGGACCUGCAGGAGCUACUGCCUGCUGAGAGCCUCCCCAAACUGAGGGUGAUGGAGCUGCCCUAUGCCUUCCAGUGUUGUGCCUUCGUCUCCUGUGAGAAACACUCCUCUCCCUGGGACAGAGACAAUAACAACAACGGGAAGGACGACUUCGGGAGAAGGGAGGGCAUCUUGUCUAACCAAGAAGACCAUGAGGACUUUCUGCUGGACUUUGAUGAUGAGCCCAAAUCCCACCACACUGUCCAGUGUUCCCCUUCACCUGGUCCAUUCCGUCCUUGCCACCACCUGUUUGGCAGCUGGUUGAUCCGUGUUGGUGUGUGGGUCAUUGCUACUCUCUCCCUGGUCUGCAACACACUGGUGAUGGUCUCCAUCUUUCUCUCCCCGUCCUUCCUGUCCCCUGUGAAGCUGCUGAUUGGCCUGCUGGCUCUGGUAAACAGUCUGAUGGGGCUGUGGUCUGCCACGCUGGCCACCGUCGAUGCCUUGACCUUCGGCAGCUUCGGCCGCUACGGGGCCUGGGAGAGCAGCACGGGCUGCAAGCUGACCGGCUUCGUCUCCAUCUUCGCUUCUGAGACCAGUAUCUUCUUACUGACGGUGGCCGCUCUGGAGAGGGGGCUGUCGGUACGGAGAGGCAAGGCCGCUGAGGGGAAGACUUCGACGGGCACGCUGAGGCUGGUGGCGGCCUUGUGUUUCCUUCUGGGCCUGGCUAUCACCCUGCUCCCCCCUGCUGGGGGCUAUGGAGUCUCCUCCAUCUGUCUUCCCAUGCCCUACGAAGAGCCCUCCUCUCUGGGCUUCAUGGUGGCUCUAGUCCUGGUCAACUCCCUAUGUUACCUCAUCAUGACCGUCACAUAUGCCCGCCUCUACUGCAGCCUGGAGAAAGGAGAGCCGGACAGCCUGUGGGACUGCUCCAUGAUCCGUCACGUUGCCUGGCUUCUGUUCACCAACUGUCUCCUGUACUUCCCUGUAGCCUUCCUCUCCUUCUCCUCCCUGCUGAAACUGCCCUCAGUAGGGCCUGAGGUGGUGAAGUCAGUGCUUCUAGUGGUGGUUCCUCUCCCAGCCUGCCUCAACCCUCUACUCUACGUCCUCUUCAACCCUCACUUCAGAGAGGACCUGGGCCUGCUCCACAGAAGGACUCGCGGCGCCCUGCACCUCAGCAGACCCCGCCGACUCAGCCUCGUCUCGCUCAACUCGGAGGACGCCGAGAAACAGUCAUGUGACUCCACGCAGGCCCUGGUCACCUUCGGGGUGUCAGAGGAAGAGGAGGAGUCUAGGGGGGCGGGGCAGCAACCCAGCGCCGAGGCACACCACCCUCCGGUUGCCUUCAUCCCCUGUCGCUAGGCAGACUAGCGUUCAGGCUUCACUGUUUUUACCCCCAGGGCUGCAGGGCUCUGGGUUCUACCCCCAGUACCCCAUGCCCUAUAUCAACCCCCUACACACAGACAAAGACUGUGUUAGAGCAGUACAUGUAGCCAGAGAGGAAGGAUGAAGAAACAAGGCCACUGCUACACGGACAGGAACAGGACACAAAAUGGCCGCCAUGGCUCUCCUCUGAAUCAGAACUGUAAUAUAGAGCUAGAUAGACUCCCAUUGUCCUGGUAUGCAUCUCUCUAUCUGUCUGAAUCAGAACUCUAAUAUAGAGCUAGAUAGACUCCCAUUGUCCUGGUAUUCAUAUCUCUCUAUGUGUCUGUACAGUACCAGCUAUGUGUAUACCCUGGCCUGGCAGCUUGAUGCUGGACAGAAGCAGAACUGAUUAUGUUAUGAACACAGUUAUGAUCACCAUUACGAUCAUCAUAUGUACACCAACACAGUGGCCAUGCUCUUUUAAUGAAGGUACUUGACUCUAUAAUAUGUAGGCCAGGACGAGGAGGAGGAGGAGGAGGAGGAGGAGGAGGAGGAAGAGAAAAUUCCAUCGCUUUGCUUUCAUUUUAUUUCCGUUAGAUCUCUAAGAUUAUACACCUCAUUAGAGUUUAAACAGUCUCUCUGACAGUUAUACAAUUACAAGCUGAGUUUUGUGAGAACAAUUUGUAAGGUGUGUGUGCGUGUGUGUGUGUGUGUGUGUGUGUGUGUGUGUGUGUGUGUGUGUGUGUGUGGGUGUGUGUGUGCGUGUGUGUCCGUCCGUCC